AACCCUCAGACCUCCAUCACAACCAGCAGCAGCACCUCCUCCUUUAAACUACCAGCGGGCAACUCGCUCUCUACCAGGACGGCGCCUUCCGUGGAGAAGAGUGGAACAUGCGCCCUGUAGGAGGUCCAGUCGGGCCUGAUUCCUCCAUCUCUGGGUGGAUUUACGCUGUCGAGCGGACCGAGACUUCUGAUGGAUUAGAGGCGCAGUGAGCUGUGAGUUGGAGGCGGAGAGCAGGAAAACUUAUAGUUUUUAACAAAUGUGUAAUCCUGAUGAACGUGGUUACUGUGGAACGGACCGCCUGCACCCGAAGCUGCAGCCCCUGCGCACCGUGACGCGCGCCGGGGAGUGUUGUUAGGAUCCCGAAGAGCCUUUGCUUCGUGAAAGAAAAUAAGUCCCAAAAACUCUGGAUUUGUCACUUUAGGCACGUGCGUUGUAGUCUAACACAACCCGGAGAUGACACAUGUUUUUCUUAUCGGUCCUCCUUCGGGUCGGGUGGGAAUGAGUGUGAGGUCGUGAAGACACACCUGCCUGUGGAUCAUCUCGGUUUGGACUUUUUGGCUCCUCGCGCGGCUCGCGUGUCUCCCUCAUGCAGCUCCUCCGGUUGGUCUGGGCACUGACUGCCGCAGCGGUCUGUUUCCUGCUCCUGCUGCUCCUCCACAACCAGAUUCUGAGAGAAGGUCAGCUGGUGGCAGGCACUUGUGAGAUUGUAACUCUGGACCGAGACAGUAGCCAGCCCAAGAGGACCAUCGCUCGACAGACAGCCCGUUGUGCCUGCAGGAAGGGACAGAUCGCUGGGACAACGCGAGCCAGACCGGCCUGCGUUGACAUUCGAGUUGUCAGGAGUCGACAGUGGUGUGAGAUGACUCCUUGUUUGGACGAUGAAGACUGUAAUCUCCUGGUCAAUCAGUCGGGCUGGACCUGCACACAACCAGGAGGCCGCGUCAAAACCACCACGGUGUCCUGACAGCGAUGGCCCAGAGAGAGAAUGAUUCCCAUUGCGCAUCGUCCACCAUCUCCGAAUAGAGCUUCGGCAGCUACUGCAGCUGCUACAGAACAAUCAUCAGCCGCUGUCAGAACGGCAGGGCGACACACUGGCAUUUCCUGUUUCAUGCUGGGGUGAAUUGUGGAAAUAGCCUCCUGAUAAAAGUGACUUUUCUUAUUGCUCCCCCCCUAAGAGAUUUGACUAGCAAAUAAUGGUGCCAUGCUGGAUGGAUUUCUUUUGUUUGGCACAAAACUCUGUUUCAUUUUUACAGACCAAACAUGAACAGAGCCAACAAUGACACAUGUUUAGGAGAGGAGACUUUCAGAGCCCUCCUAAUCAUACACACACUCCAUACAGUACACACAUACACAGCACCAGAUCUCUGUAAAGAUAACAAAAACCCACAUUGUGAUAUUAUAUACAAUAAAUGA